AUGGGCACAAUUGGAAUCCCCACAAAGCUUCUACACGAGUCUCUCGGUCACGUCGUCACCCUCGAGCUCAAGGGCGGCCAAUCCUACCGAGGCAAGCUCUUUGAUGCAGAGGACAAUCUCAAUUGCUCCCUCAAAGAGGUCAUCCUCACCGCCAGGGAUGGCAAACAGACACAUCUAGACAGCGUAUACAUCAGAGGUAGCAUGAUCAGAUUCAUUGUCGUGCCGGAUAUGCUGCAGCAGGCCCCGAUGUUCAAGAGGGUGGGACCGAAUGCUAUGAAGGGCAGGGGAAUUGGUGCUGCAAGAGGAAGGGCAACAAUCAUGCGAGCACAAUCACGACGCGGUAGAGGAGGU